CCGGCCCAGCCCCGCCGCCGCCGCCGCCGCCGGACCGGAUGGGGGAGCCGCUGCUGCUGCUGCCGCCUCCGGGCCCCCCGAUCCUGCUCUUCUUGCUCAGCCUGGCGCCCGGCGUCGAGGCGGGGAAGGUGAGGCAGAGGCGGCGCGCUCUUCUUGCGCUCUUCUCGCUCUCUUUCUGCCCCUUCGCGACCCCCUCCCUGCCAACCAAGGAGGGAGGCGCUCCUAAGUCCGCCUCCAGAGUAGACCCAUUGCACCGAGAUGGCCUUAAAAGUUAGUGGUAACUCGCCGCGAUCUGUUGAUUUCAGGGGCUGCAAAGCUCUCGGCGGCGGCUGCUUUUUUCAAUCCUACGUCUGACUAGGAGAGCGGAGACUAGCGGUUCCAGAAUCGGAGUCGGGCUUGGGGUGGGAGUGGGGGAGCUUGUGUGUUUUGGCCCCGAAGAGAAGGUCCUUCCGAGUCUCAGAAGGCGGUGGUCGCGAAUCCUGUGAGGCUGUGGGGCACGCUCUGCACGUGCUCAGAGGCUGCUCCUAAAUUCCAGCCACGCAUCUUCUUGAGCAAACCCUCGAUCGUCUCUCCCGCCGCCUCCCGCCGCCCAAACCUUCCGGUCUGUACGUCAGUGAUCCAAGCGCUGUCAUGGGUUGGGGGGUUAAGUGCACACGUUUUAUAAAGUAGCAGAUUAGUACGAAAACAAACUUUUGAACAAAAAACAAGUCACCACCCGGCCUGUUGGGUUGGAUCCAGCGUUAGUCAUACGCAGAGUAGACUCACAGGCACUAAUAAUGGACGUGAGUAAACUAAGAGCGUUAACAUUAGUGGAUCUAUUCUGAAUAAAACUUCCUUUCCAAUGCAUUGCCUGUUAAUUGGGGUUCCAGAGGAGCAGAUAGGACUACAGUAUCAGGCUUUAAGCCUUAUUAAAAACUUGGCUGAAUCCUGUUUAGGUACAGACUGGCCAUUAAAAGUUGCUGGCAGGACAUGGUAGGAGACAGGGGUGGGCAAAUAAUGCCUGCUUUGGACCACUUCCAUGGGGUCAGGAUGCUCUCCUCUGGGCCCAAUCCGUGACCUGCAGUUGGGGCUUUUGGAUGCUCCUAAUAAACCAGAAAGAAAGAACCGCCCCCCCCCUGCACACUUUUAAAGCAACACAUUCACAUUUUUCACAUUUUGAGGUUGAAACAUGUUGGCUCCCUCUCCUAGUCAAAUUUCAAAACUCUGCACUUGGUGUGAUUAGUGGCAGAUAGCCUUUCCAGGGGGCCUUUUGCCCUCCCCUGGGGCCUCUGAAGGUUUUGGACCACAACUACCAUCCGUGGAUCUCCAGGGUCUCAGAAAGGGACCCCUUUCUCAGCCCAACCUGGAGAUGCUGUUGGGGCUUGAAGCUGGGACCUUCUGCAUGCAAAGCAGGAGUCCGAUCACUGAGCUAUGGCUCUUCCCCUAAAAAUGAAACACAGGUUCUAGUCCUCAUGGUUCUGGAUUAAGGGCAGGAUUGAAGAGGUGAGGACAAAACAUAGCUUGCCUUGGAAAGGAGGGUUUGGUGAAGAAAAAGCCUGGUGUGACGAAAGAGAGAUCUUUUGGGGGAGGGAAAUUCUAAGUUGUUUGUUUGUUUUCUUCCUUGCAGCCCAGUUUUCAACAAGAUCUCCCCUCCGAAGAGCAAUAUCGCUGUCGUGGGGUAUCCUGGCCAAUCCCUCAGCAGGUAGAAAGCUAGCUCUGAAGCCAUAAUCAUCCGAAAAUAUUUUCAGGGGCAUUGGUAUCCCAAAAUAAAACAUCUGCACGCAAGGUGUCCAAAUUCUCAUACCCCAAGAAGCCAAAUUCUCCUGCUCACACCAUCAAAAAUUCCAGUCAGUUUGCAUGAUUUUGCAUAAUUUAUUCUGGUUUUGCAACUCAUGGCAAGGAAUCAAAAUCUCAUUCAUACUACCCUCCUGUGGCUUUUGAGUGUGAAUCACGUGCUUUUUAAAAAGCAUAUAUUUGGAAGGGUCCUACUCUGAUAGCCAUUCCUCUGCCUUGUAAACACCUUUUAAUUUAAAGAGAGGCAUUUUGGUUGGAAACGGGUGAGAGUUGGAAGUUGUUCUGCCUGGUAUGCUUUGACUCUGGUAUCUCUCUUUGUGUAUUAUUUCCCCAUCUCUUCCCUCUCAUCUUAUUCCCAGUGCUUGUUCUAGAAAUUUAUUUUAUCUACUGAUUUUGCUAGCGGGCAUCGUGGUUGCUAACCCGUAUAUUGGCUUCUAAAUGUUGUUCAGUGCCUUGGGCGUUUUAUGGUGUAACAAUGUUUUAGGUAAAUAGGAAUGUAAAUAAGCUGAACUUUGCAGGAAGCUGGAUUGUGUGUGCCCCAUUCCAGAGUUUAAGAACCUGAGAAAUGAGCCUGGCAGGAUCAGGCCAAAGGGGGCCCCUCUAGUCCAGCAUCUUCUUCUCACAGUGGCCAACCAGGUACCCCAAAGCCAAACCCACAAGCAAGACCUGAGCACAGCAGCAACACUCCCCACUUUGGAUUCCCAGCAAUUGGGAUUCAGAGGCACUGACUGCCUCCGACAGAGGAAGGAGAACAUAACCAUUGUGGAUAGUAAAAAAGGUAAAGGAUCCCUGGACAGUUAGGUCCAGUCAAAGGCGACCUUGGUGUGCAGCGCCCAUCUUGCUUUCAGGCCAAGGGAGCCGGCAUUUGCCAACAGACAGAUUUCCAGGUCAUGUGGAUAGCACGAAUAAACCGUUUCUGGUGCAAUGGGACACUGUGACGGAAACCAGAGCGCACGGGAAUGCAGUUUACCUUCCCGCCGGAGCAGCACCUAUUUAUCUACUUGCACUUUGACGUGCUUUCGAACUUCUAGGUUGGCAGGAGCUGGGGCAGAGCAACGGGAACUCACUCCAUCGCGGGGAUUCGAACCGCCGACCUUCUGAUUGGCAGGCCCAAGAGGCUCAGGGGUUUAGACCACAGCACCACCCAUGUAGCCAUCCACUUUUACCUUUACCUUGUGGACAGUAGCCAUUGAGAUCCCUCUUCUCUGUGAAUUUGCCCCAUCUUUUAAGGCCACCCUAGUUUGUGUCAACAGCACAGAUUCUCAGUGUGUUUACCUUAUAUGUGUUGACCUGUUCUCUUCAGCCUAUUAAUGCAUAUUAUUUAUUUUUAAACCCUUCUGCACUGCCCUUCGCCAAACAAAUUCCAGCUGCAUUUGCAACGACAAUUAGGUUAAAGUUCUUGAUAAAAGCGGGGCAGUUAAAAGGACAAAUCAGUCCAGGGGUUAAUGGCGAAAGCUUGGUUUUAGUGAUCGCAAAUACCCAAGUGAACAAAUUAGUUUCCCUCUGCCUCCAGGUACUGAAACAGCGCCUGGAGGCUUCUUUCCACAAUUUUGCUGUAUUUUGACCCAUUCAGCUUGCAUUUGGAGUGUGGGAUCGGGGCCUCCAAUCUGGCUUCAGACUUAAUGGGGAUCUGGUUCCGGGAGGAUCCUAUUUCUCCCCUUCUCCUUUAAUUCCCAAAGCAUGCAGAGGCGGGAAAAGGGUGUCCCCUGCUUCUCUCCCAUUGGUCCCCACCCAAAGCCAGGGGCUCCUCCCUCCUUCCUCUGGGCCAAUGAGAAAUUGCCCAGGUGGCAUUUCGAAGGCGGUCCCUCUCCUUCUCCCCCCUCAUUCCCCACAGAGAAGCAUGGGAAGGACUAGAAGCUUCCUUGUGCCAGGAUUCUUGCCACCCGCUUGGGGACGAAGGAGGCAUUUUGAAUUCCGCUGGCAAAGGGAUCGUUCCCAAGCUGAUCAGGCCCCAUUGAUUUGCGUAAAAUUGGUCCAGUAAGAACUUCAGAAAGAAGCUGGAUCAGGCCAAAGGGGACCCACCUAGUCCAUCCUCCUGUCCUCACAGUGGCCAAACACACCUUAAGAACCUAGCAGCCAAGAUAGACUGCCUCUGAACCUGGAGGUUCCAUAAGAACAUAAGGAGAGCCUGCUGGAUCUGUCCAAAGGGGGCCCAUCUAGUCCAGCCUCCUGCCAGAUGCCUCUUUGGGGAAGCCCACAAGCAAGACCUGAGCACAACAGUGCCAACUCUCCCCACUUGUGAUUCCCAGCAGAGUUGGAAGGGACACCAAGGGUCAUCUAGUCCAACCCCCUUAGAUUUCUUUAUAUCCUACCUUUUUCUCCAAGUUGCUCGAUGCUUUCCCACUCCUCAUUUAAACCCCACAACAAACUUGUGAGGUAGGUUAAACUGAAAGGAGGCAACUGGCCCAGAGUCACCCACGGCUGAGUGGGAGGAUUUGAACCCCAGUCUCCCAGGUCCUGGUCCAAUACGCUAACCACUACACCAUGCUGUCUGUCUGAUAUCCUUACUCUGUGAGCCUGGGAGAGGCUGGCUGCCAGAGGGGGCCCAUAAAUUCCACCAUCCUCUUCUCACCGUGGCCAGCCAGAUGCCCCAAGGGGAUGCCAGCUUUUGGUGUGCUAGCCUGACGGUCUUCUUUAUAUGAAAUCUCGUAACCUGCCAAGCUCAAACCCCCUGCCUUCCUUGUCUCAUGUCUGCUUGUGGCACAUGCAUUGCCCCAUGUGGCGGCUAACAGAUUGAGGUUGAAUCCUGACAAGACAGAAGUACUGUUUUGGGGGGACAGGGGGCAGGCGGGUAUGGGGGACUCCCUGGUCCUGAAUGGGGUCAAUGUGCCCCUGAAGGACCAGGUGCGCAGCCUGGGAGUCAUUUUGGACUCACAGCUGUCCAUGGAGGCGCAGGUCAAUUCUGUGUCCAGGGCAGCUCCAUCUGGUACGCAGCCUGAGACCCUCCCUGCCCACAGACUGUCUCGCCAGAGUGGUGCAUGCUCUGGUUAUCUCCCGCUUGGACUACUGCAAUGCGCUCUAUGUGGGACUGCAUUUGAAGGUGACCCGGAAACUACAACUAAUCCAGAAUGCACAGCUAGACUGGUGACUGGGGGCGGCCGCCGAGACCACAUAACACCGGUCUUGAAAGACCUACAUUGGCUCCCAGUACAUUUCUGAGCACAAUUCAAAGUGUUGGUGCUGACCUUGAAAGCCCUAAACAGCCUCGGUCCAGUAUACCUGAAGGAGCGUCUCCACCUCCAUCGUUCUGCCCGGACACUGAGGUCCAGCUCUGAGGGCCUUUUGGCGGUUCCCUCAUUGCGAGAAGCGAGGUUACAGGGAACCAGGCAGAGGGCCUUCUCGGUAGUGGCACCCGCCCUGUGGAACGCUCUCCCAUCAGAUGUCAAAGAGAACAACUACCAGACUUUUAGAAGACACCCCUGUUUAGGGAAGCUUUUAAUGUUUGAUAUAUUACGGUAUUUUAAUAUUUUGUUGGAAGCCACCCAGAGUGGCUGGGGAAGCCCAGCCAGAUGGGCGGGGUAUAAAUAAUAAAUUAUUAUUAUUAUUAUUAUUAUUAUUAUUAUUAUUACCACCACCUGCCAGUUCCAGACCAACCCCUAGACAGAUGCGCUUGGAGGACUGACCAUUAGGAGAUAUCACCCAAUAUCAGUAAAUGGUUUGUGAGUGUCUUCAUUUCUUUAAAAAGUCUUCUCUCCAUAGGAUGGGGGCAUCGUUUUUCUCGACCACCAGUGCUCUCCCCUGUUCCUCCGCAGACAGCUGACCCUCCUGGCCCGAGCCUGCCUGCCCCACCAGGACCGAGCCCCGCAUGACGGCCCCACAGGACAUUGGGUGAGUGUGCUGGGCAGAGGCUGCCAGGCAAGGGAGAAGAGUCCCUGCCAUUGGACCUUCAGGAUUUGGGGAGCGGGAGGAGGAAACCACAGAACCGUAGUUGGGAUCCGAGGGUCAUCUAGUCUGACCCGCCGCAGAAAUCACGGCUAAAGGGGCUGUGCUUGCUUUGGCUAAACAGCUCUUUUGCUUCGCAGCCCCUGCCGCUGGCAAAGACAGAAGCGGCCCAGGCCGUCGCUUGGCUCGAGAGCCACAUGGCCCAGCAGAUGUCUGAGAAGCCCCCGACAGGUGGGGAACGCUGCCGUUUCCUGAAGCGAGCAUCUGCGGCAGGCGGAGGUUUAUGCCCAACGCACCUGGCACAGGUGAGGUGACGGUUGCUUGGUGGCGGAAGGGGAAAAGCGCCACAGGAAUCUCCUCUGAUAAAACCCGGCGCCUCUUUCCCGUUCCCAGGCUUUGCGGAAGCUGCUCCAAUGCUGGGAAGCCGCCCGAGGUCCCUGGAAACCGCGGAGACGGGGUAGGAAGCGCCGGGCUCUUCGCCGCCGGGCAGAUGGCCUUCUGCAAGCAGAUGUGGGUGGCGGAAGGCAUUCCGCAAUCGCCAACCCUGUGAAAGGCGCAAACGGCAGCCCGCCUCCCGUUACCCUGAGCUUGCAGGCUGAGCAAAAGGGCAUUUCAGAGUCAGUAGACCUCGGCGGACAGGCCCGGCCGAGUGCGACGCCCCUGCCAGGUGGCCUUUUGGGGCAGCAGCCCCUCGUCACGCAGGACAUCCGCCCCUCGCUGCCCGUCCUGCGCACCGAGGCGAGAGCGGCUGGCGGCACGGGAUGCCGGUGCCCGGAUGGAGGACUCGGCAAAGCGCAAGGCCACGAAGGCAGGAAGGAAGCCAGAGGGUCCCAAGCGGGGGUCCGUGUCCCCACCCCACGCACCGAAGAGGCGGCCUGGGCGGCCAGUGCCCUCACUUUCCUGCUGGUGGUGCUGACCCUCGCCAUCCUUUACACCCGGCUCCACCGGAAGUGCCGCCGCGGCAGAAGCCUCUACUGGACCACGAGCACUGAGGAGGGGAGCGACACAGUGGCUGGUGAGUGGUCUGCAGGGAAGGCAGGGGGGGUCCCAGCCCUCCCCCCAUGCUGUGGGGCAGGUGCAGCAUAUACACAUAUCCAGAGCACACUCAGUGCCCAAUUUUAACCUCUGGGGAAAUGCUGGUUGUUUACUGUAGGAACCUAAGGUUGGAUAACCUGCGGAACUCCUGGCCACAAGAUGAGGCCUACCCCUGCUCUGUGCUUGACCAGAGGGGUGAAGGCUUAGAGCAGAGCGGGUGGGGAAACCUUGGUUUCCUGGGUGUUGCCCGACUCCCAACUUGCAACCACUCCAGCUGGGAUGCCCAGUGGGUCAGGCAUGAUGGGAGUCCAGCAGUGGCAGGAGAUCCGCAGCUUUUCAUGAGAUUUUGCAGCACUUCUGGAUCAGGCAAAGUCAUUCUGGGGGUGAAUAUUCACAGUUAAAUUCUAGCAUAGCUGAAGGGGGUCUCUGCAUUCAGGCAGCCCACCUCCCAAUUACCUAGAGGUGUGGUGGGCCAUCCCUCACUGGAGAAGUUCACGACAGAGGUUGCAACCAUAUAACACCAGUCCUGAAAGACCUACAUUGGCUCCUAGGACAUUUCCAAGCACAAUUCAAAGUGUUGGUGCUGACCUUGAAAACCCUAAACAGCCUCGGUCCAGUAUACCUGAAGGAGCAUCUCCACCCCCAUCGUUCUGCCCGGACGCUGAGGUCCAGUGCCAAGGGCCUUCUGGCAGUUCCCUCAUUGUGAGAAGCAAAGCUACAGGGAACCAGGCAGAGGGCCUUCUCAGUGGUGGCACCCGUCCUGUGGAAUGCCCUCCCAUCUGAUGUCAAGGAAAUAAACAACUAUCUGGCUUUUAGAAGACAUCUGAAGGCAGCCCUGUUUAGGGAAGCUUUUAAUGUUUGAUCUUUUAUUGCUAUUAUUAUUAAUCUGUUGGGAGCCGCCCAGAGUGGCUGGGGAAACCCAGCUAGAUUGGUGGGGUAUAAAUAAUAAAUUACUACUACUACUACUACUACUACUAAGUACCUCGGGUUACAGGCGCUUCAGGUUACAGGUGCUUCAGGUUACAGACUCUGCUAACCCAGAAAUAAUACCUCAGGUUAAGAACUUUGCUUCAGGAUGAGAAAAUAAAUCGCACAACGGCGGUGCAGCAGCCCCAUUAGCUAAAGUUGUGCUUCAGGUUAAGAACAGUUUCAGGUUAAGAAUGGACCUCCGGAACGAAUUAAGUUCUUAACCUGAGGUACCACUGUAAUUUGGAAACGGCCAUCAGCUCAUGAGGACCCAGAUGCAAAUUUUCAUUCAACAAUAGUCUUCUGUGUUUGCCACCCAGUUGUUUGAUCGGUUUUAUACCUGAUGAGAUAUCUCUAGUCCUACCUUGAGAUGCUGUGAUUUAGACCUGGGACAUUCCUGUUGCAGACUCUGCUCUGCAUCCCAGCGAUGUGGUCCCCUGCCUAAAAUUUAAUUGGGGCUGGCUGCAGUGGGGGGGGGGUGACUGCUUUGCUCGGUCCUGUGGUGAAGCGUGGAGGGUCCUCUAUUACGUUUCCACAUCCCCACGAACCCAGAGUCGUCAGGAGACUUGGCUCCAGGGGGUCAGCAAUGGGGCUGCCCUCCCUUUUCCUACCGGCUUGCAAAGUCUUUCCACUCCUUUCUCCUUUUGCAGCUGUGAUCAAGCGGCGUCUCCUCUCCGCCCAGACCAGGCGCAAGAAGCGAGGUCGGCAGCAGCAGCAGCUCCCACCCAAGGCGCCUCUUCUGCCAACGUCCACCAGCGACAGCUCGGAUUAGGGACGACCCUCUUCGGUGGAGGCGUCCAGCCAAAGGCCUCCCGGAAAUCUGGGCUUUGCCAACGGAGCAAAGAGGACGAGGUCGUCUGCGGGCGAAACUUUGGCGUUGCGGUGAAACAGCAGCCUGACCGUGGUCUGUUUACUCUCCGGAGGAGCUGGCUCCUUGCCUUCGUUUGUUUUUCUUACGCAAUAAAAUCUUUUAUUUUUGCUACGAAA